ACCAAUCAGGAGCAGGAGGCAGGGCUGCCGGUGCCGGUUCCAGUGGAGCCCGGACCGGAGAGGAGUGGGCGCCGCCAGGGAGUGAGUGAGUGAGGGGCAGCUGUUGUGAAAUGUCAGCGGAGAAGCCGAGUCAAGCGGCCGCCGGCCCAGAUCUGGGCCCCGACUGCGGCCUCAGCGCCGAGCAGCUUUGCAGGCUCCUCUAUGGCAAGGAGAUCAGGAAGCUGGAUUUGCUGGAGCGAGCUGUGGCAGCAUCCCGGGAGAGGGAUUUUGAACUGCAGGGUUUUCGGUUUGAGGCGGCCGCAGAGCAACUCCGACAGCCACGCACUGUGAGAGUGGGACUUGUUCAGAACAAGAUCGUCCUUCCCACUGACUCGCCAGUGUCUGAGCAGGUUGCAGCUCUCCAUAAGCGAAUUGGAGACCUUGUGGAAGUGGCUGCCAUGUGUGGAGUUAACAUAAUCUGCUUCCAGGAAGCUUGGACUAUGCCUUUUGCGUUUUGCACCAGAGAGAAGAUGCCAUGGACAGAGUUCGCUGAAUCUGCAGAGGAAGGGCCAACAGCUAGGUUUUGUCAGGAGCUUGCAAGAAAAUACAACCUGGUCGUGGUGUCCCCAAUCUUGGAGCGCGAUGAGCUUCAUGGGGACACUUUGUGGAACACUGCAGUGGUGAUUUCAAACUCCGGCAAGAUUCUCGGCAAGACCAGAAAAAACCACAUUCCCAGGGUUGGAGAUUUUAACGAGUCUACAUAUUACAUGGAAGGAAACACUGGGCACACAGUGUUUCAGACUCAAUUUGGACGGAUUGCUGUAAAUAUCUGCUACGGUCGACACCACCCUUUGAAUUGGUUAAUGUACAGCAUUAAUGGAGCUGAAAUUAUCUUCAAUCCUUGUGCUACCGUGGGGGAGCUGAGUGAACCGCUGUGGCCCAUUGAAGCUAGGAACGCAGCAAUUGCCAACAGUUGCUUCACCUGCGCCAUCAACCGAGUGGGAACAGAGUACUUCAAGAAUGAGUUCACCUCCGGCGAUGGAAAGAAGGCUCACAACAGUUUUGGCCAUUUCUAUGGCUCCAGCUACGUUGCUGCUCCUGAUGGCAGUCGGACUCCUGGUCUGUCUCGUACCAGGGAUGGGUUGCUGAUUGCUGAGAUGGAUCUUAAUCUGUGCCGACAGAUGAGUGACAAAUGGGGCUUCAAGAUGACAGCCAGGCUGGAGAUGUACGAGGAGGAACUGUAUCGGGCCAUGCAGUACGACUUCCUGCCCAACGUUAUCACCGAGCAGUGACGUGAGCUGCAGGCCUGUUUUACAGUGAAGGGGGCAGUCCACUGCCCUCCCUCUCCAUGGGUUCACACAGGGCAUUCGUUCCCAUUCUACAGCUGCAAUAUUACCCAGCUGUUCACUCUGUCACCCAGGCUGCAGUAUAACAGCACCAGUUGUCCUGUACACUUCACUUCCCAGCCCAUCAGGCCAUCACCUCAUCACUGGUCUGGCCUGAUGGGCAACCCAACAGAGAUAUCACACUGACAUACAGUCCGCCUGUACCUGCUCUUGUCUCAAAUGGCUGGGUUUACGGAGAUCAUUGUAUCCCUUGUCAUUAUGAUGUGAUAACAUUAGAUUUUAAUUAAAUAAUCAGCAUUA